AUGAUUCCGACGAAAUUAGUGUGGUUUCGACAUCAUUUCGGUGAUUCUGGUGACGUUAAGGUAGUUCCGACGACGUUAGGGUGGUUCCGGCAUCAUUACGGUGGAGAUUUUCAGAGUCGUCCUGGAUCUUCAAAGAAACCAAAGAGAGAAACUAAAGUUUUGAAGAAAGAUAAACAAGCUGCUGUUAUAAAAGAAUUUCCUUCAUUGAAGAAUAGAUGUUCACCAGGGUCAUUGUUGGGUGUUAUUCAAGGUUUAAGUAGAGAACAGAAGGAUUGUGUUAGGGCUAUGGGAUUUGGGAGUUUGUUAGGGAUGAAGAUGAUUGACGUACCGUGGAAGAUUUUUUAUUAUGUUCUUGAUCAUUUUAAUUUUGAAUCUUUGAAGGUGGAGUUUGAUAAUUGUGAAGUUAGUGUUGAUAGUAAGUUUGUUCAAGAGAUGUUAGGAUUACCAUCUGGUGGCUCAUUACUUUCAAACAUGGAUUACAUUUCGGAGAAUAAUGAAGAGAGCUGUAUGUUUGAGUGA